AGAAGAGCAGAAGGGAAACACCUCGAGCAGAGAAGGAGUGAGAGAGAGAGAGAGAGAGAGAGAGAGAGAGAGAGAGAGAGAGAGAGAGAGAGAGAGAGAGAGAGAGAGAAUGUGUGUGAGCGGGAGUACAAAGUGUUUACAGUGAAGGAAAUAAAAGGAGGACUAAAGCAGGAGUUGUGAUAAGAAAGUUGGAUGAAAGUGUGAAAGGAAGAGAAGAGAGGAAGAGGAGAAGAGAGGAAGAGAGGAAGAGGAGAAGAGAGGAAGAGAAGAAGAGGAGAAGAGAGGAAGAGAAGAGAAGAGAUCAUGGGCUGCAUCUUCAGUAAACAGAGAGAAGUCCAGGAACAAGUUGUCCAUCUCACUGAUGGGCCUCAGACACGAGACUGCAACGAGGAUGCAGAGAUCCUCAGCCUCACUGAGGUGGGAACACAGUCAUUCAAAGGGGGAAAGACUGAGAAGAAACACCACUGUUCUGUGUGUAGACAGAUCUUAGACAUUGAUGGAGCCUGUUAUAGAGAAUGCAAGAGUGCAGCUAAUAGUAACCGUGAAACAAAGUCAUCUAAAAGUCAAAGCGACGCUCCUCUCGGGAGUGACAGCGUGGAGAACGUGAUGGAGAACAUCAUGGAGAGCCGUUAUGAUUUCGACCUGAUCUACAUCACGGAGAGGAUCAUCUCUGUUUUCUUCCUCCCAGACCUGGAUGAACAACGUUAUCGCAGAAACCUGAAGGAAGUGGCAGCCAUGUUGAAAUCAAAACACCAGGAGAAGUUUCUGGUCAUAAAUCUAUCUGAGAAACGUCAUGAUAUCUGCAGAUUAAACCCCAAGGUUGAGGAGUUUGGUUGGCCGGAUCUACAUGCCCCGCCCCUGGAUAAGAUAUGCACCGUGUGUAAGACUAUGGAAGGCUGGUUGAAUUCAGACCCCCACAACGUCGUUGUGCUUCACUGCAAGGGGAACCGGGGAAAGACUGGGGUAAUAAUAGCAGCGUACAUGCACUUCAGUAAGAUAUCAGCCAGGAUAGACCACGCUCUCAACACUGUCACCAUGAGGAAGUUCUGUGAGGAUAAAAUCUCCUCGUCUCUACAACCAUCUCAGAACAGAUAUAUUUAUUACUUUUCCGGGCUUCUGUCUGGUGCAAUCAAGAUAAACAGCUCGUCUCUGCUCCUUCAGCAGGUUCAUAUACCGGCUAUAACCAACUAUGAGCCCGGUGAAGUUUAUGCACCGUUCCUGAAGAUCUAUCAGUCUCUGAAACUGGUCUACACCUCAGGAAUAUAUGAAACCAAUGGCUCCAUGAAACAGACGUUGUGCAUUAAAAUAGAGCCGGCACUACUGUUGAAGGGGGACAUCAUGGUGAAGUGUUAUCAUCGGCGCUCAGGUGUGUGUGAAAGAGAGUGUGUGUUUAGAGUGCAGUUUCAUACAUGUACAGUUCAUGGAUCACAGCUUUGGUUUGGAAAGAAAGAGCUGGACCAUGCAUGCACAGAUAAACACUAUCCAGCUGAUGCGACGGUAGAACUUGUGUUCUCUGGCAGUCCAGCGCAAAAGAGAGGAGAGGAGAUUCAAAAGAAGGACCCUAAGGGGAGUCCACAUAUCAGCUGCACAGAUCCUGUAGUGCGCUGGGACUCGUAUGAAAACUUUAAUUUUCAUCACGAGGACAGUAUAGAAGAUAUCUGUCACACUCGUGGCCCACUUGACGGCAGUUUGUACGCCCAAGUGAAGAAGCGGCGCAUACCUGGCUCUGUUUCAAACAACCCACCAGUCAUCAACUCCUCCACUCCCAGUCAAUUACCCAAUAUUAGCUCUGACACAGUUCGUCGUUCCACUCGCUCUGAGCUUGAGGAAUCACCACUUUCUUCAUCUCAUUAUCUUCACCAAAGGGAGGACAAAGAAAGAAAUGGGCAAAGAGAUAAACCAAACGUGAGAGAUAAGGAUCGAGAGACCGCUAUACUAGAUGAUAACGAUUGCUCUCGUCUCCGGGUGGAACGCGCAUGCUGCGGUCGUCCUUAUUCCCACCCUCAUUCAUAUUUUAAUCCUGAUUUGUCCAAAACUCAUCCUCAAAAACUGCAACCCAAACACUACACAUUGCCUUGUACUCGUGCUUCCGCUCUGCCUGUCUGUGAGCCAUGUGGGUCUCAGCCGAACUUUCUGUGGGAGAAAGGCCACUGUCAGCAUCACUGCACUCGGUCAUGUUAUACUUACCCCUCACCAGAAACAUACAGCUAUACUCAUUCUCGUUCUUCACACACACUUCCUGUACAAACUCACCUAUUCUGUACAGGGGAUGCAUACCCUCUGCUCCAUUACUCUCCUCUAGCCCACAACCAUACCCAUAUUCCACCACCUCAGUCUUCCCACCAAUCCCUGCCUUCCAGUCCUUACCAUGAGUUACGCUUCAGCUCAACUUCACCUACUUCCUGCAACUGCAGGGACUGCUUGCGCCUGCGGGAGGAUCUGUCCCACUCUCUCAGAGGGGGCCAACUUGAAAAGCUCCCUUUGCACAGAGAGCCAGGGUUUGGAUAUAGACGGGAGGGGGCUGUGCACUGGACAAGAGAUGGAGAUAUGGAUUCGCAGGACCCAGACUGCUGGCAGCACAGAACAGUUAUGCCACCGAUUAUGUCAUCCUUUGGAUAUGGACAUAGACAUUGCCAUUCUAUCUCUAAACAAGACCAUCCAGUAGGUGGAGCAGAUCCCCGACAAGACCCUUCGUCAAGUCCAUAUCCAAGCCCCCACAGCAGUGGAUACCAUAGCCCCCAUCUACCCUGGCCCUGCUCCCCACCACAUAUUAGAGAUAGUCCUGGCUAUGCUUCCAUGGCUCAGUCUCCAAACUCAUCUCCAUUAGCUCACACACCUUCCCCAAAAAGGACCAGUCUUUCCCAAAAUUACAUUCAGAUCUCCAACUCUGGAAAAGAGCACAAUAUCCUUUCCAACCUCACAGAAGUCUCAGAUAAACGUUCAAAGAUGAAUAUUCCCCAGGAUGUUUCUACAAAGGAAGAUGGUAAUAAUAUCGUUUCUCUGCAAGUCCAAAACAGUGAAGCACCACCGGUAGACACAGAGGAGUUAGUCAAUUGUGAUGUUGCACAUAGAGAUUCUCCUUCUAGCAGCAGUACCUCAUCUGAACUCACCAAAGAGCCACAAGUGUCUGAGGCAAAAAAUCCAGAAGUCACAGAGUCCACAUCCACCCCAAUCCUCAUAAGUAAACCCAGUGAGCCGAGUCAAGCCUCUGAACCACAAGUCACAGCUUUGGAAGUAGAGUCACUUUUGUCUGUCACUCAGGAACAGGGGAAUGCCUCGUUGCCUCCUAAAAAUGAAAAUAUCUCUACAUGCUCAUCAGAAAGAAACUCCUUGUCUGAACUUCUUUUAUUGGGCCCCAUUUCUGAGAAACAGAGCCUUACCCCACCAACCGAUGGGGUAUCAUUCCAUGAGGAUGGAAGUAAUAAUGAUUUGAGAGCUCCCUCCCCAGUGCCGGAUGGCUACAUCACACCCUUGUUCCCUUUGGCAUCAACCAACUACCCCCUGUUGACAGUGCCUCAUCUUCCAUACACUGGUUACACUGCAAUUACCAUUCCUUCUUACCCUCCUCAACCACCUCUCCCUGAAAAACAGCGUGUAAGUCCUUUCCAGGAUUCAUCCACAAGCUCGUCCUCAGUCAGGUCAUCCUUAGCAUCUUCCACCUCUUCUUUUCAGUUUCCAAUUACACUCUUACCUACUGCAGAUACCAGGCAAAAAGGGACUCGAGAGCAAGAAACUUGUGUUAGUGCCAAAUUUGUGCAGGACACCACCAAGUUCUGGUACAAGCCUGGAAUCUCUAGAGAUCAAGCAAUUGCUGUUUUGAAGGAUAAAGAUCCAGGCUAUUUUCUAAUACGGGACAGCAGUUCAUUCCAGGGUGCCUAUGGGCUGGCUCUUAAAGUGGCCACACCCCCCGCUUAUGUCAGCAGCCUUGGCCACACCUCUCACUCACAGGAGCAGCUGGUCAGGCACUUUCUGAUCGAGAGUGGAGCAAAAGGAGUGAAAAUUAAAGGCUGCCAGAACGAAAUGUACUUUGGCUCUCUGUCUGCUCUGGUAUACCAGCACUCCAUCACACCUGUCUCUCUACCCUGUAAACUACACAUCCCAGACAAAGAUCUUGUAGGAGAGCUGCAGGAGUUGCAGAGUGACACCAACACCAGCACGGCUGCAGAACUGCUCAAACAGGGAGCUGCCUGCAAUGUUCUCUACAUAAACUCUGUGGACACUGAGUCUCUGACUGGUCCACAAGCCAUCUCCAGAGCUGUGAAGUGCACUCGGGCUCAGAAACCCUGCCCUUCAGCAACUGCAGUCCACUUCAAAGUGUCGAGUCAGGGCAUCACCCUUACAGACAAUCAACGCAGACUGUUCUUCAGGAGACAUUAUCCGAUCCACAGUGUUAUAUUCAGCUGUUUGGCUCCAGAGGAUCAAAGGUGGACUGCUGCUGAAAAUUCCUCCAACAGGAUGUUUGGGUUCGUAGCGAGACGCAGUGGGAGCAGUUUGGGAAACGUGUGUCACCUGUUUGCAGAACUGGAUCCCGAGCAGCCGGCGACGGCCAUCAUCAACUUCAUCAAUAAAGUCAUGCUGGGACCACAUCAUAUACACAAGUGAGGGAAGGGAGGGGAGGGGAAGGGAAGGGAGGAGAAGGGAGGGGAAGGAAAGGGAAGUUUUUUGUUCUGUUUUGUUUUUUUAUUUUGUUUAUCAUUAAAUUAAAUAAUACUGAAUUACAGUAAAUUGAAAAAUAUUGACUUGAUCAUCCAGUUCAUUAAAACUGCACUGUGUUAUUUACUGAAAUUAAUUUAUAAUAAAUUCAUAAUAUAAAUUUCAAAGGUUAUAUAAUUCUGUGUUUCUAAUUAUAUUCCCUUUCUCAUAUUCAUGUUUUAUAAUAAUUCUUUGUAUUUUUUUUCUGGAAAAUAUCAUUUCCCCUCUGAUUUGAGUUCCUGUUUUAUUGUUGAAGAAGAAAAUUCUUCUUUUAAAUUUUAUAUUUUAAUUUAUUUUAGUUCAUAAUUUAAUAGCUCCUUAUACGGUAUCUGUGUCAAAUAAAGUGUAUUAAACGAGUUUCUCACACUCCUGUCAUAUUCCGUCAUCUACAUUUCCCAGCGUGCAAAAAGCCGUGCGAUCAGAUCAGUGUCCUUCUGUUGAAAUAUUAUUUUGUCACUUCAUUUAUUUCCUGAAUUCAUAAAUAUUCUGUAAAAAAAAACUGUAAUAAAAUAAAAACUGUGUUCUCUUUAUACUGUUUUAUUAAAACACAU